GUGGGCGUUUCACAUACAGGACCAUUUACACGAGACGCGUGUUAAAAAUCACCGUUCUUGAAAUUUAAUAGAUAGGCCUAUUUGUCAACCCAUAUUCUACGAUUUUCUGUUGUUUUCAUUCGGAAACAACACAGCUAAAAUGGAGAUAAAUGCACCAAUACAACGUAAAGUUGCUAUUAUUGGAAGUGGGCUUAUUGGUCAGAACUGGGCUAUGCUGUUUGCUAGUGCAGGGUACCAGACCAGCAUGUAUGACGUGGAACCAGGGCAGCUACAACGGGCCCUAGAAGGAACCAGGAACCAGCUGACCAAGUAUGAACAGAAGGGUUUCCUAAAGGGAACCGGCACAGCUGAGGAACAAGCUGAACGAAUAUCAGGGACUGGCUCCUUGCAGGAAUGCUUGAAUGGAGCAUUUUAUGUCCAGGAAUGCGUCCCAGAAAACCUCGAGCUGAAACAAAAGGUGUUCCGAGAGCUUGACGCGCUGGUCGGCAAUGACGUGAUCCUGGCUAGCUCCAGUAGUUGUCUGUGUGCCUCCAUGAUUGCUGACGGUCUCGCACACAUGCAAAAUGUCCUCGUGGCGCAUCCUAUCAACCCGCCCUACUUUGUGCCACUAGUAGAGAUAGUUCCAGCCCCAUUUACCUCCCCUGACGUAGUGGUCAAGGUUCGAGACCUGAUGAAGGCCAUCGGCCAGGCGCCAAUCACGUUACAGAGAGAGUGUCUUGGGUUUGCACUAAACAGGAUCCAGUAUGCAUGUAUUAACGAGUGCUGGAACAUGUACAAGACAGGUCUUCUAAGUGCGGCAGACAUUGACAGUCUGUGUACGAAUGGCCUGGGUAUGCGUUACGCCUUCAUUGGUCCCUUGGAAACCAUGCACCUCAAUGCCAAUGGUAUCAAGGACUACUGCGAACGUUACGCCCAAGGGGCGGUGAGAGUCCAGGAGGAGACAUUCCACCAAAUUCCUGUGCUCUAUGACACACCCACUGCAGAGAAGAUUCAAGAUGAUUGGGCAAUCAGUCUUCCUUUGCAGAAACUUCCGGAACGACGGGCGUGGAGGGACAAUAUGCUGGCCAAACUGUCAAAGCUGAAAUCUGACGAGAAGUCAGCGGAGAAUGAAGAAUUAAAGUGAUGUUGUAGACUGCACAGCCUAAUCAUGGAUGACAAUUAAAUGCCCAUGAAUUGAGCAAAGUUUUCCCAGAAUGCAGCUUAUUUUAUAUAUGAGCCCUGCUCUGUGAAAAGGGGUUCUAAUGCACAGGCUAAUCAGGGAUGGUACUUUACGCUUUUAUGAUAUUUUUCAUUUGAAGAAAGUCUCUUCUUAGCAAAAUCAAGUUUAAACAUGCAAUAAACCCCCUUUUCACUGAACACUGCUCAUAUGUUAAUCGCCACAAUUUCAUGUGAAUACAUGAAUUUAGCAGUAUGCGGUGUGGAUAUUAUGCAGUAUCAACCACAUGCCAUUGAUGACAUUGUAUUGAAACUACAUGAAUAACCAUGUGUUAGAUAUUAGUAUGUGCGCAGGAAUGAUACAUUUGACUUUACUUACACAUGAAUAUGCAUUUUACAAUGUUUAAUAUGUAAAGCAAAAUGAACAAAAGCUUUAUCAACAUGACAAAAUUUGGUCAAUUAAAAUUUUGAAUAAAGUA